UAGGUAGCGACUAUUGAUUCACUAUGUAUAAAUAGAUGCCCAUUAUUUAGUCUCUGGUCUUGGAGCUUUUCCUUCAAACUGAUCUCUCUCUUCCUCCUCCUCAGUGUGCCACCGACCAGACUGUCCUCUGCUUAUAACCUCCUAUAGCCAAAAUAGUAGCGGUAUUCUUCCCAGGUAAAGAAAGUUAACCUAGCAGAACCAUGGCGACCUCUUACACUAUCAAUUCCACUUUCAAGCUAAACAGUGGCUACGAAAUCCCCCUAUUGGGCUUCGGUGUAUAUUUAACUCCGGCAGAGGAGACCGAGAAAGUCGUUGCGGAUGCACUCAAAGCCGGCUACCGCCACAUCGACUCGGCCGUCUUUUACCGCAACGAAGCAGGAUGUGGUAAAGCUAUCAACGCCAGCGGAAUACCGCGGUCUGAGAUCUAUUUCACAACCAAGAUUCCCCCAGAGCUAAUGUCAUACGAUGCCGCCAAGGCACAAGUGGACAAGAGUCUGAAAACUGCGGGCCUGGACUACAUCGAUCUCAUACUCAUUCAUGCGCCAUAUGGCGGCUCAGCGGCCCGAAAAGGAGUGUGGAAAGCACUCGUGGAGGCUGUUGAGGAGGGCAAGGUCCGAUCUAUCGGUGUCAGUAACUAUGGUGUCCAACAUCUCGACGAGCUAGAAAAGCACAUUGCGGAACUUGAAGCCGAACGAGGCGGUAAGGGCAAGGGAGGUGUCAUCUCAGUCGGCCAGUGGGAGAUUCAUCCAUGGUGCCGUCGCGAGGACAUCGCCGAAUGGUCUAAGAAGCGCAACAUCGCCGUCGAGGCCUACUGUCCCGUUGUCAGGGGUGAACGAUUCGGCGACCCUACUCUGGUUAGCCUCGCCGAGAAAUACGGCAAGACUCAAGCUCAGAUCUUGAUUAGAUGGAGCUUGCAGAAGGGCUAUCUCCCGCUUCCCAAGAGCGCUACAACUUCCCGAAUUAUCGAGAACGCCGCAAUCUACGACUUUGACUUAUCCCAGGAGGACAUUGAGAAGUUGAACGCGGACGUAUAUGCCCCUAUUGCUUGGGACCCUACCAAGGCUAGCCUAGAAGACUAAAUGCAGUGAACCCCUUUUAGGAGCUUGGAGGAUGGUAACAUGGCAUUUCCUCAGCACUGAAUGUGAAGACUAUAGUAACUAUAAUUAGUUAAUAUAUACUGUCUUCCCGCUUAACCAAUGUCUUGUCAGUAUGGGAGAGCUUUUGCCAAGACGUCCACAACUCAAUAAUGAAGAUUAUCUACCGGUUAUAUGAAGUAAAACAUUUAGCCAAAUCAUUGUCUAAGUCACAAGUUCCGCCUGUAUUAAUACCUGGAUAUAUAUCAUAACCCUAAAGGACAUACGUCAGAAAAUAUGAAUAUACUUGACAAUAAA